AUGUGUUUGAAAAGAUUUAUCGGAGUUGUUCAGGUGUUGGAUACAUCCUCUUUGACUCUUAAAGUCGUCAUUGAUACUGUGAGAGGGCAAGGUUAUGAUGGAGCAAUGGUUGUGGUGAUUGCAAAGAAACAUGAUGAUUUUGAAGAAUUCUUUGAACAACUAGGUUUGGUGGUUACUAUCAUUUGUGGGUCAUGUAAGAUAAAAUAUAUGAUACGGGAGAUGCAAAAACAAAGAAUGGCAAUCGAAAUUUGUAUUGUUCAAACCGAAACAGGAAGAUGGUUAAAUCAAGAGAUUUCUCUUGUUCGAGCUGGAGAUACUAGAUGGGGUUCACAUUUUAGAACAAUUGUAAGUUUAUUGAAUUUGUUUGCAGAAGUUGUUGUAGUCUUUAAAUAUGUGAAAGAGGAGGGGUCUAAUUUAUCUAACCGUAAUCAAACAAAGGAAUAUUAUGUUACCCCAAGAAAGCAUAGGACCAAUAAGACUAAUCAACAUCAUUGUGAAGUUGUGAUUUUUAACACGGUUUUGGAUAUGCAAAUUCAAGAAUUUGGGGAUAGAUUUAGUGAAGUUGGCACGGAGUUGAUGAAGAACAUGGUGGCUUUUAGUGCUUGUGACUCAUUUUCUAGUUUUGAUAAAGCAAAGUUGUUAAAGUUAAGCGAGAUAUACAAAAAGGAUUUUAACGAUUCAGAAAGGGCGCAACAUAAUCGGCAACUUGAUAUCUAUUAUCACUCUUUGCUCCAUGAUGAGAGAUUUUUCAAUUUGAAGGGAAUUGCAGACCUCUCUCGUUUGUUGGUGGAAACUGGGAAGCACCUCUCUUUUCCUUUGGUUUAUAGAUUAUUAAAACUAACUUUUGUUUUGCCCGUCGCAACCGUAACCGUUGAACAGUGUUUUUCUGCAAUGAAGUUUUUGAAAACCGAUUUACGUAAUAGAAUAUGUGACGAUUUUAAUGAAUGGAUAUCUCUUUACCUUGAUGCUAGCUCGGCCAUUAUGGUUUUGAUAGUUGGUAAUGGUUGUAGAUGA